AUAUAUACCACCCUCUCACUUCUAACCCACAUUUCAUGCACUCUUGCUUCCUCCUCCCUAGAAAAAAAUCACAAAAUUACAAAUAAAUCUCCUAAACUCUCAAAUAAAAUAUAUAUUCACAUAUUAUCCAACCAAAAUCAUGGGAAAUUGCAUAGAAACUUGUAGAUUUGAAUCAAAAAGAUCAAUAAAAGAAGACCAAAAGAAAGAAAAAGAAGGAAGUAAAGGAAAUAUGGGAGUUUAUGUGAAAAAUGUAGAAAAUAAUAAAAAUGGUGUAAGAGUAAAAAUGGUGUUAACAAAAGAAGAGUUGCAAUGGUUGAUAUUGCAAUUAAAAAACAGAGAAGAAGGAGAUCAUGGCAAGAGAAUUGAAGAUGUUUUACAAGAGCUUGGAAAAGGAAGAAAGAAAGUUUUUAAUGGAAAUCAUUCUUGGAGACCUUCUCUUGAUAGUAUUACUGAAAUUUCUGAAGUUCUUGAGAUGAAUAAAUAAUUUUUAAUUUAUUUUUUUUAGUUUUUUUGGUUUUUUUUUGGGGUAGUGUGCCUUUUUUAUGGGGUGCUUGUUCAUGAGAUGAAGGUUUUGUGGUAUGAUUUUGGAUUAUCCAAUGUAUAAAUAUGUUUUUGAGAUAGAUUGAAUGUGUUCAUGAAAAUCUUUAAUUUGCAAAUCAAUUAUCUAUGAACAUGUAUAAAAGUCAUUUAAUUUGAAAUUUUUUAGGUUGUAUUUGAAACCUGUUUCAUUUUAAAAUGUAGAUUUUAAUUAUGAAAUAAGUUUAAAAAUUUGAAAAUAAUGACGUUUGUAAAGUUAUUUUCAAAUUAUAAGCUUAAAUUGUUUUUAAAAACAAUUGUGAAAUCGACACAAAUCUAAAAUUGAUUUUUUUUUA